UCGCCCCCUCUGCUUGGCUCCCGGGCGUAAUGCCGCUCACGAUCAUAUCCUGGGGAGCGCAUAUAUGCUGCUGCUAGUCCGCGAAGAGCACAUCGGUACCAUGAUGUAGCGUUAGCGCGCAAUAUACCUGCGUACCUCAUUGUAGACGCAUAUAUGCGCUGUCUGCCGUGUAGAGCGACCUACCAUCCUCUUCCGCAUGCCUAGAACCCAACUGAUCUCCAAGACAGCAUCCCCGACAUCAUCCAACACCACUACGACUGCAUCAUCCGCGCCGAGCACGAGGUCUUCCUCGCGACCAACUACUGGCAGGCGUCCAAGUCCGCGACGAAGAUAAGCGACGCGUUCAUCGAGCUCUCCAAGCGCGCGGAGAACGCGGCAAGAGGGUGUCGUGAAGAUGAUGUACGACCGCGCGAACCUGAAGAUGCUCACGGAGAGCCACCUGUUCGUGGACGAGGCCGAGUGGACGUCGGACGCGGAGAUGCCGUGGGUGGACUUCCAGCUGGUCAACUUCCAUCAGCCGGUGCUCGGGACGUUCCACUGCAAGUUCAUGAUCGUCGACCGCAAAAUGGCGAUCCUCUGCUCGAACAACAUUCAAGAUCGGGCGAACAUGGAGAUGAUGAGCCACCUCGAGGGCCCGAUCGUCGACAGCAUGUACGACACCGCUCUAAUCUCGUGGUACAAGGCGAUGAACCCGCCGCUCCCGCUCGUCGGCCGGCCGUACCAGCCGCCGGAGGGCGGGUACAAGUUCGGGGUGGAGAACGAGUAUGCGACGACGCAUAUAUUGGAUGGGAGCAGGGGCGAGGAGAUCUUCAAGGCGAUGAGGGAGAAAGACGAGCAGGCGAGGGACGAGGACGAGGCGAAGACGAACGAGGAGACGAAGGGCGAUGGACGGGUGUUCAUCAGUGGCAAGUAUGAGACAAUCACGGACCAUAUCAACGCGGGCGACCAGACCACACAGGCCACUGAGCAAUUCGACCCCUCGCGCGAGUUCACUCCGCACAUCGUCCACGCGCCCCAUGAAGAGGUGCCCAUGGUCCUCGUCAACCGAUCACCCUAUGGCAAGCCCGUAAACGAAGAGCGUGCGCUACUCUGCCCACAGGCGGCAGCGUGGCUCGCGGCCCUCAGGCAUGCCGCGAGAAGCGCGGCGCCGAUCGUCGAUGCGGUGCUGAGCGCGGUGCGGCGCGGGAUCGAGGUCACGUUGUAUGUCGACGUGGGAUUCAAUGAUGGCGGCGAGGCGCUGCCUUUGCAGGGAGGGACCAACGAGGAGGUGGAGCAGGAGAAGGAGAGGCUGAAGUAUUACUGGUACACUGCCCGGGACCAGUGCAAGCCGAUCAAUGCGCACCUGCAGCAGAGGAAUUGCCAUGUCAAACUUAUGGUCAUUGAUGACGAAGUUGGCAUCAUGGGCAAUGGAAACCAAGACGUGCAAUCAUGGUACCAUUCCUCGGAGGUGAACGUCAUGGUCGACAGCCACACGAUCUGCCGCGAGUGGCUCGACUCGAUCGAGCGCGUGCAGAACACGCACCUGCACCGCGUUGGCCACGACGGUGUGUAUCGUGACGCGCAAGGUGUGGAACUGCAGGACUCGACGGGCGUCACGAAGGGCGUGAAGGGCUUGGUCAAGGGCAUUCAGGGUAGUAUUGCGAGGGUGAGAGGAACGGGUGGAUUCUGAGCCCAAUUUGGCGGAGUUCGAGGUAUGCGAGGUAUGCGAAGCAUGUUGAUGUGCUUAUAUCGAGGGUUGACUGUUCCGAUGCUAGGGGCAAUUGGACUGAAGCACUGAGAUACCAUAUAUUGUAUUUCCCGCGGGAUUGUAUUACACUGACGAGCGAGACAUGUCGAAAUGACAUACUGUAUCUAUGUACGACUCGUGCUCCACUGUUCA